GCCAGGCGUGGGGUCCGCGGGGCGCAGGCGCGCGGGGGCCGCCGGCUCACCCUGCGUGUCUACCAUGUCUGACCACGCGGCGGCCACGCAGGACCCCAGACCCAGCUCGGAGCAGGAGCAGCAGAACGUGGUACAGCGUGUGGCAGCCCUGCCCCUGGUCAGGGCCGUCUCUGAUGCCUACUGCUCCACCAAGGACCGGCACUGGGUGCUGGGCUCUGCCUGCCGCCUGGCUGAGCACUGCGUGUGCGGUGUCACCACCAGAGCACUAGACCAUGCCCAGCCGCUGCUUGACCACCUGCAGCCCCAGCUAUCCACAGUGAACCACCUGGCCUGCAGAGGCCUGGACAAGCUGGAGGAGAAGCUGCCCUUCCUCCAGCAACCUUCGGACACGGUGCUGACCUCGGCCAGGGACACGGUGGUCAGCGGGGUCAGCGGGGUGACCGGCCUGGCCCAGCGGGGCCGGCGGUGGAGCGUGGAGCUUCGGCGCUCGGUGAGCCACGCCCUAGACGUGGUGCUGGGCAAGUCUGAGGAGCUGGUGGACCACUUGCUGCCCGCGACCAGUGAGGCUCUGGAGGCCGAGGCCCAGGGCCCGGCGGUGGCGGAGGCCGAGGCGGCGGAGGCGGCCUCCACGGAGGAGCAGAGACACCAGCAGGGCUACCUCGUCCGCCUGGCCUCCCUGUCAUCCAGGAUCCGCCAUCUGGCCUACGAGCACUCUAUAGGGAAACUGAGGCAGAGCAAACACUGCGCACAGGAAAUGCUGGUCCAGCUGCAGGAGAUGCUGGAGCUGAUCCACAGAGUGCAGGACAGGGCAGCCCUGCCCGCCAAGGUCCAGGAGCCCCGGGGGGACCGGAGCCCGAGCCCCCUGCAGAACGGCCACUGCGGCCAGGUGGAGCUGGAGGGGCUGGCGGCGGAGCUGGCGCGCGCGGUGGAGGCGCUGGCGGAGGCGCUGCCCCCCGGCGCCCAGGCCCGCGUGGCGGCGCUGCGGGCGGGCGUGGCGGCGCUGCGGGCCGCCCUGGAGGACGCGCGGGGCCGCCACGGGCAGCCGCGGCCGGCGGAGGUGCCGGUGGGGCCGGCGCUGGCGCUGUGGGCCGGGCCGCUGCCCUGGCUCCUCGGCCCCUUCGCGCCGCUGCUGGUGGAGCGCGCGGAGCCCAUGCUGGACCUGGUGACCUGCGUGGACGAGGUCAUCGGGGACCCCGACCCGCGCUGGGCCCACAUGGACUGGCCGGCCCAUCAGAGGGCCUGGGCGGCCGGGCAAUCCCGGGCAGCGGGGGGCACCCCGGGGGACCCCGAGCCCCCCAGCCCCCGGAGUUCACACACCCUCAUGCCCGAGCUGGACUUCUGACGCUGCCCGGGCGCUGCUGACCCUCGGCGGCCGCCGGGCACCCCACAGCGCCAUCGCCGCUGUCCCCAACAGGCCACUGCUGGGCCUGGCGGCCUUGCCUGUUACCCCAGCUGGGAAGGACCCCCCCACCCCAGAGAGGGGGCCAGGCAAAGCCUCAGCCCAUCACCAGACCCUGUCUCUACAAAGGGAACUGAGCCGGGCGCCGUGGCUCACGCCUCUCAUCCCAGCUCACUCAGGAGACGGAGGUGGGAGGCUCCUGGUUCAAAGCCAGCCCGGGCAGGAAAGUCUGUGAGACUUUCUCCAUGUCAGCAAAAAGCCAGA